ACUCGCAGAGCGGUGGGCAGUAUUUGGGACAUGACCAUACCAUAUCAACCGCUGAUAACCUGAAAACCGAUUUUUUUUUAAUUUUAUAUAUUUUUUAUUUUUAUUUUUUUAAAUUAUUACUUCCUCUAAAUUUACGAACGCUGUUUCAUGGCCUUUUAUGAGGACUGAAUUUUCCUGUUUAUUGUCGCUGAAGUGUUAGCUAGUCGAGUUAGCUAACCUCGUCUGUAUUAUUAUUUUUCCAGUAGCACUGACCAGCUAGUUAACAGUAAUUAAACGAGUAAAACAGAUGAGUGUGCAAACAUUUAUGAGCGGUUAUUAUUUAUAUCUUUAGCAGUUUGCCGACUAGCAUAACUUUUGGUGUAGUUUAGCAAAGGCAGCUAGUGUUCAGGGAGUAUAAACACAACCCGCUGUUCAGCUGAAGAAAACAAACUCUCUUGAAACAUCUCGUUUCCUACAGAUGUUUAUUUGACCCUGGGUUAUUACAUGUGACAGAAAUAUUGACUGUGCUCUCCAACAAUAUCAAGGAAUGAGAUGAGAAGAAGUAGAAUAAAAUAAAGAUGUCUGUCCUGCAUCUUUUCUUUUUUUGUGGUCUGCUGGCUUUGGCCUCAUGUGUGCCACCUAUCUGGUCCCAGCCUGAGCAGGUGCACAUUUCCUAUCCAGGGGUAGAGGGUUUGAUGGUGAUCACUUGGACAACCUUUAACUACACAGAGAGCGUGGUGGAAUAUGGACUGUGGGGUGGGAAGCUCUUCAGUCAUACUGCGAAGGGGAACUCCACGCUGUUUAUUGAUGGAGGUUCAGAGAAACGUCAAAUGUACGUUCACAAAGUCUCAUUGCCAGAACUCCAACCCGGGGCUACAUACGUUUACCACUGUGGUAGUGAGGAAGGCUGGAGUGAUCUUUUCUUCUUUACUGCGCUGAAUGAUAGCACAAGUUUUAGCCCUAGAUUUGCUCUGUUUGGUGACAUGGGCAAUGAAAACCCUCAAUCACUGGCCAGACUUCAGAAAGAGACCCAGGCUGGGAUGUAUGAUGUCAUCCUGCACAUUGGAGACUUUGCUUAUGAUAUGCAUGAGGACAAUGGCAGGAUUGGGGAUGAGUUUAUGAGACAGAUUGAGUCCAUUGCUGCUUAUGUGCCGUAUAUGACCUGUCCUGGUAAUCACGAAUGGGCCUAUAAUUUCUCACACUACAAGAGCCGUUUCAGUAUGCCUGGGGAAACUGAGAGUCUGUGGUACAGCUGGAACAUUGGGUCAGCACACAUCAUCUCGUUCUCUACUGAGGUCUACUUCUACCUCAAAUAUGGCCUAGAUCUCCUCUUCAAACAAUAUGAGUGGCUGCAGAAAGAUCUUGAGGAAGCAAACAAACCACAGAACAGAGCUGUAAGACCCUGGAUAAUCACCAUGGCACACAGACCCAUGUACUGCUCCAAUGAUGAUAAAGAUGACUGCACCAAGUUUGAAAGCUAUGUACGCCAUGGACGCAGUGACACAAUGCCGCCAGCCCCUGGCCUUGAGGACUUAUUCUAUCAGCAUGGAGUGGAUCUGGAGCUGUGGGCACAUGAACAUACUUAUGAAAGACUAUGGCCUGUGUAUAAUUACAAGGUGUUUAAUGGGAGUGUUGAUGAGCCAUACGUGAAUCCUAAAGCACCUGUGCACAUCAUUACUGGCUCAGCUGGGUGUCGAGAAAAACAUGAUGGGUUUAUCCCCAAGCCUCGAGACUGGAGUGCCUUCAGAAGCACUGAUUAUGGCUACACACGUAUGCACCUCAUCAACUCAACACACAUCUACCUGGAGCAGGUCUCUGAUGACCAGUCUGGAAAAAUUAUAGACAGCUUCACACUGAUAAAGGAAGUUCAUGGGACCAAGGCCUGGCUCUGAAGACUCCAUCAACUGCGCACAAUCAACCUUUUACUCAGCAAAUGAAAUUUUAAUACCACAUGUGCUGGGUUUCAGCUUUUGGAAAAUAAAUAAAUGGCUACUUAAUGAAAAUUGGACACGGUGCGUGAGUGCAUGUGAAGUUGAAAAGGAGAUGGCUCUUUCAACUGAAACUGUUUUGCCAGAUUUAUGGUGAGCAAUAUUAGAUAAAUUUACCACACAGGAAUGUGGUUUGAAAUUAACUGCAUCAAUCAUUUGUGCAAGAGACUAAAUCUGAUAUAGAUUUUCCUUUGAAUGAACAGUGCCCAGAGAUUCUUCUCUUGCCUCAUUUUGGCUUUUUUUUAAUCACAGUUACAUAAAAAUGAAUCCUAAGCACAUUGUUGAAACAUUGAAUAAUCAUUUGUUGAUAUCCAAAUGGAAACUAUGUUCUAAGUGCACUCUGAUUUUGGGUAAUAUUAUGUCUCUGGAACCCUAAAUGCUGCUCCUUUUUGAUUUGCUAUUGAACCUCAAUAAAUCUACUGUUUUUCAAGAC